AUGGCUGCCACCAAGGGAUUAAUCGAUCACCUGUUAUUGGCUACCUGCGAAUGGUUUUUAAUGUUUUGGGUGUUCAUCGAUGCGGCAUUGGCUUAUUCUCUUACAAAAUUCGCUCGCUACUGCGAUCUACAAAUCCCAUGCUUGUUGUGCUCGAGGCUUGACCACUUUUUUGACAAAGAAGAACCCGGAUCUUAUUUUCAUUUGUUCUGCAACAGACACCAAGGAGAUAUCUCGUAUUUGAUAUAUUGCAAUCUUCACAAUGAGCUUGUGGAUAUACGAGAAAUAUGUGAAGAUUGUUUACAUAGCCAAUCUAAUUUGGAAUGUUACAGGUUUGUGGUGGAUAAGAAUCUUGGUUGCAUGGGAUCCAGUAUAAGAACAUGUUCUUGUUGUAAAAGACAAUGGAAAGAAAAACCGAGUGGUCAACCCAUGAUCGACCCGCAUAUGGUCGGGUCACGGGGGUGUAAUAGUAAUGUUACCACAAAACCUCCAUUGCCUCGAGUGGGUCCGGGUCCGGGCCCAGGUCCAACUAGACGUGUUAGGUCUAGGCAUGGAGAUGGUGUGAGGAGGAUAAGAAAUAAAACGAAAAACCGUCAUCAUCGUAAGUAUUCAAUGUCUCCUGGAUCAUAUUCUGAUGCCAACAUUACUUCUGAGUCAGAGUUUGAACCCCUUUUUUCUGAUGAUGAUGAUGGAAGCUUGAUCAUGCGAGGUGUCACAAAUGGUGGUGAUACUCGAAACAAGAUUUUUGGAAGGCAUUCGUAUAGCACACCUGAUUUUGGAUCCCUUCUUGUUGAGUCGCAGCUUCAUGAGCCUAGUGUAAGAGCUCGUUCUACAUCCGUGACACCAAAUGUUGCUCGAUCCCUUCGAAGAAGUGAAGAAAAUAAUCCUUAUUUUAAACCCAAGAAAUACAUGAAUCCAUCACCAUCUUCAUCAAUGGAUGGUUGUAUGGCAUCCAAUAGCAUUGGGAGUCAGAACCAAUGCAGGAUUUCUUCCAGACAUUCUUACAGUGCCUGUGAUUUGGGGUCUGCCAUUCUUAUGGAAAUGCAACUGAACAGUUUACCAAGGCGUUCUGCAUCCGUGACACCCAAUAGUUCUGGUCAUGGUUUUGGAGAAUUUAAAUGGCCAAAAUGCCAAACACAGCCUGCUUCUUCUCAUGAAACAGUCCAAAAUUAUCUUCACAAAGCCAAGAAAAGUAAGAAGUCGUCAUCAUCAACCAACUCCAUGAGAAGGUCAGGUUCCUAUGGGCACUUUGAUGAUUCUUCCAUCUCACGUAACACUGAUACUCAGAAUCGAAACAAGAUCCCUCGAAGGCAUUCAUAUAGUGUGUUCCAGCUGGGGUGUGAGAUUCUUUUGAAUAUGCCUACUGAUGAACCUUUAACAAGUAAUUCUUCUGCAUCUUUCCAACAAAAUGGUUCUUUUGGUUACGGUUUUCAAGAUCCUAAUAGCAAUAGGAGGCCUGUUCACUCCUAUUCACAUUCACAAGAGCUCGAUUCUCUCAAUGCAAUGUUAUUCCCAAUACAAAGACCUAAUAACGCGUAUGGAUCGAUGGACGAUUCUUUUGUCUCUCGUACCACAGGUAACCAGUGUUAUGACCGUAGCACCCUUCCUCGCAGGCAUUCAUAUAGUUUUUUUGAGAUUGGGUGUGAAAUUCUUCUAAACAUGCCUAACGAUGAAACUUUAACAAAUCCUCCUGCUUCCAUCACGCCAAAUCCAAUGCAAUUUCCUAAUAAAAGAGCCAAAAGAGCUAAGAAGAAUCCGUCUCCAUAUUUACACAAGAGUGAGGGGCCUAGCUCUUGGGAUGAUUCUGUUAUCUCACAUAAUCAAAAUGGAAACACAAACUCAAACCCUCGAAGACAUUCAUACAGUGCUUUCGAGUUAGGAUGCGCACUUCUAUUCGAGUUGCAAAAGGAUGAAAGCUUAAAACGUCCACGGCGUUCUGCAUCGAUGACCCCAACUCCUCAAAUUGUUCAUGGUUUGGGAGAACAGAACAAGACAAAAUUCCAAAAUCGACCCAAUUAUUCUCCUUCACAUAAUCCGUUUUUAGACAGGAAUCAUGGUAAUGGGUCUCUCGAUGAUUCUGUUGUCCCACGUAACAACGGUAACCGUGGUCAAAAUACACUUCCCCGAAGGCAUUCAUAUAGUGUUUUCCAGCUAGGCGGUGAUAUUCUUCUGAAUAUGCCUCACGACGACGAAAGUAUGACCAGUCAACCUUCAUUUUUUACGCCAAAUGGUGAACCACAGAGGUCGUCGAUAUUCCAUAUUAAGAACAGUCCUUGUCAUUCACCGGAGAAGCACAAGUCUCAUCAUCCGCAUCCAUUACAUCAUAAUGGGGUGCCAUUGCAUCCACCGACGGGAUCUGUUAAAAGAUUCAGCUUAUCGUCUGAUAUCGGUAACGAUUUCUCAACCGCCUCCUUUUUAGACAAGAAUAAAUGGCAUGGAUCCAUGGAUGAUUCUGUUGUAUACCGUAGCAUGAAUAAUCAGAAUCAAAAUAAUGUUCCUCGAAGACAUUCGUAUAGUGCUUUUGAUUUGGGUCGUGCCCUUCUAGUUGAGAUGCAUCUUGACGAAAGCUUAAAACGUUCCUACCCUUCACCUGCACCAAACUAUUCAUCUGGACUUGGUUUGGGAGAAUUUCAUCAGCCGAAUUUCCAAAAUAAACCUAACCCUAGUUCAUCACAACGAAAAGCGAUGCCAUGGCCUAGAAGCGAUGGGUAUGGAUCUUGUGAUGAUUCUUUCAUCUCACGUAAUGCAGAUAUGCAUCUUAAAGAAAGCGCAAAACGUCGUCGUUCUGCAUCUGUGACACCAAGUGCAUAUGGGCAUCAUUUUGAAGAACCAAGGAAUUCAAAGAUCCAAACUAGACCUGGCCCAAUACCACAACCAACAGGUCCAGCACACCCCGUUAACGGUUUUGGUUCAUCGAACAAUUAUUUAUUUAAUAAUAAUAAUAACAAUCGUCACCAUGGAUCUCUCGACGACUCUGUUGUUUCACAUGGAAGAGGUAAUAAUCGGAAGCGAUACAGGAAGCUUGUAAGGAAUUCCUACAGCGUUUCUGAUCUAACAUCGCCAUCUUUGGAAAUGCCUGUGGAGGAAGGUUUCACAAGUAAGUCUGCAUCUUUGACACCAAGCUGUUCAAUCGGUCAAGGUUUAGGAGGAUUGGAUUGGUUGCAAUUCCAAACCGGAACAACUUCUGUUUCACCAGAGCUCGAUUCUAAUCAACUACAUCAUAAAAAACGCAAAAAAAGUGAACGUGCAAAAGCCAAGAAAGGUAAGAGGCCACUGCAACAAUCAGGCAACAAUGGUGGAGGUGGAGGUGGAGGUGAUUUAUCAAUGGAUAACACUAACUGGUAUGAUGCGUUUGAUGAUCCUGUUUACUCUAAUGACACGGGAAGUCGAAACCGAUACGCAAUCUUUUCAAGAAACUCCCAAAGUGCUAACGAUUUAGGAUCCGUACUUCUAGAGAUGCAUCUUGAUGACAGUAUAAGAAGCCGUUCUAAAUCUUUAACACCAAAUUCCUCGAUUGGAUAUGGUUCACAAGAAGAAAAGUGGUCAAAAUCCCAAAUUAAACCUAGUCCUUCUCUUUCACCAGAGCGCCAAUUCCAUGCUGAAAAACCCAAAAGACAUGACCACCUAGAAACCGAAAGGGAUAAGAAACAUUUGCCUCCAUUGAUCCCCACAAAAGACGCAGAUUCAUCUACUAAUAUCAGAACCGAUGCAUGCUCAAUGUGUUCAGAAAGAAUGGAUGCGAGAUCUUUGGAUGGAAGUACUUACACUGAAAUGGAGGUUGAUGGUAUUGUGGAGAUAGUGAAAAAAAAGGCAGAAGAUGACGUCAGAUGCUUGAGAUUGUUGCAAUCAGAAUUAGAAGCCGAAAGAAACGCUGCAACAAUAGCUGCAAAUCAUGCCAUGAACAUGAUCACAAGGUUACAACAAGAAAAAGCUUCUCUUCAAAUGGAGGCCUUACAGUACUUGAGAAUGAUGGAAGAACAAGCGGAAUAUGAUAUGGAAGCUUUACAGAAAGCUAACGAGCUUGUGGAAGAAAAAGAGAAUGAAAUUCAAGAUUUGUUGGAUGAAUUGGAACAAUAUAGAAUCAGAUACGGGGAUUUAUCAAUGGGGAGUAUCCAUGUUCCUAUUAUCAUCUUUGAGAAUGAAAAAAGCUUUUUAACACCUAAAGAUUCAGCGACAUCUAAUGGGGUUUUUGAUAAAUGCCAUGAAAUUGAUUCAGCCACCAUGGAGCAUGAGCUUUUAGAGCUUAAAGAAAAGAUUGAAGGUUUACAGGCUGAUAUUGAGCUUGUUAAACAUGCCUACUUAUGGUUGAUAAAAGAGGCAUUUCUAGCAAUUGAUAGGAUAAAUCCUUCUACAAAAACCGAGUUUGCAGCUAUUACCCAUUUUUAUAAAAUGCAAAUGGACGUCGUCACACGUGCAUUUAUUAGCAGGUGCAUAUGCUGUUCUGAUAGCAAGCGUAUGACGAGUGCAAAAUGAUGUUUUCUCACUGGAAAAAUAGGUUUCAUUUAUUUAUUUUAUUUUCCAAUCUCUUUAUUAUUUUGUAGUUGGAAUUAUGAUUUCUUGUUCAUUUUGGAUGUUGUAGUUUGGAUGGAAAUAUAUGUUAAAAGUGUAAACACCAUGUGUAUAUGUAUGACAAUGAUGUGUUGGUAGACAUUUUUUUUUUUAGUUUAAAGGUCAUUUUUAUGUAAAAUUUGGGGUUUUAUUCAUCCAGUAUAACUCAUUUAUAAGAGAUUUUACUUAAUUUGGU